CACUCUGAAGGUGCAGGAUGAAAAGAUGGCACAGCUGCUUGUACCACCAGGUCCAGACAGCUUCCGCCCCUUUACUUGUGAGUCCCUCACAGCCAUCGAGAUACGGAUCUCUGAGGAAAACGCCAAGAAACCCAAGGGAGAGAAGAGAAAACGCAAUGAUGAGAAUCAGCUCAAGCCCAGCCGUGACCUGGAGGCAGGCAAAUCACUCCCUCUUCUGUAUGGGGACGUUCCUAAAGGCAUGGUGUCGACACCGCUGGAGGACCUGGAUCCCUACUACUGUAAUCAGAAAACUUUCAUAGUAUUAAACAGAGGAAAUUUCAUCUACCGCUUCAACGCCACUCCUGCCUUGUACAUCCUGAGCCCCUUCAACCUUCUCAGAAGAAUAUCAAUUAUGAUUUUGGUACACUCAUUGUUCAGUGUGGUGAUCAUGUGCACUAUCAUCACCAACUGUGCAUUUAUGACAAUGCACCGACCGCCUGAUUGGGCAAAGAAUGUAGAGUACACAUUUACUGCCAUCUAUACGUUUGAGUCCCUUGUUAAAAUUUUAGCUCGAGGGUUCUGCAUAGGAAAGUUCACAUUUCUAAGAGACCCCUGGAACUGGCUGGAUUUCAGUGUCAUUGUCAUGGCGUAUGUAACAGAGUUUGUACCGGCCCUAGGCAAUCUUUCAGCUCUUCGCACAUUCCGAGUGCUGAGAGCUUUUAAAGCUAUUUCAGUUAUCCCAGGCCUGAAAACAAUUGUUGGGGCAUUGUUCCAGUCAGUGAAGAAGCUUGCAGAUGUGAUGAUCCUCACCGUCUUUUGCUUGAGCGUCUUCGCCCUCAUAGGAUUACAACUGUUCAUGGGCCAUCUAAGGCAAAAGUGUGUGCGGGUGCCAAAAAAUGAUACAGAUAACAUGUCAAAUGUUUCCUUUUGGGAUGACGAGUACUUGCUUAACAAAACCAACCAUUAUCACAUUCCAGACAAAACAGACCCAUUGCUUUGUGGAAACGGCAGUGAAGCUGGGCAGUGUCCAGAGGGGUUCUUGUGCCUCAGAGUGGGAAGAAACCCAGACUACAAUUACACCAGCUUUGACUCUUUUGGUUGGGCCUUCCUCUCUCUGUUUAGACUGAUGACGCAGGAUUACUGGGAAAAGCUUUACCAGCAGACGCUGCGGGCUUCGGGGAAGCCGUACAUGAUCUUUUUUGUGCUGGUGAUAUUCCUCGGUUCUUUCUACCUGAUCAACCUGAUCUUGGCUGUAGUAGCUAUGGCCUACGAGGAGCAGAGCCAGGCCACCAUAAAGGAGGCUCAGGAGAAGGAGGAGGAGUUUCAGGCCAUGCUUGAGCAGCUGAAACGACAGCAAGAAGACGUUCAGGCAGCAGCAGCUGCAGCUGGUAUACAGUGCGGGGAGGUCAAUGAUAAAGCCGGAGGCACUGAGAGCUCCUCUGACGCCUCCAAGCUCAGCUCCAAAAGUGCCAAAGAGAGACGCAACAGGCGAAGAAAAAGAAAGGAGGAGGAGGGCAAAGGGGCUGAUGACAAAAUUCCUAAAUCUGAGUCACAGGACAGUUUGAAGAAAGCUCGCUGCCGCUUCUCUGUGGGUGCAAACCAGCUUAACUAUGACAUGAAAUGUUCAUCCGCACAUCAGUCCUUCCUGAGUUUUCGUGGACCCCUGUUCUCACCCAGACGGAACAGCAGGACCAGCAUUUUCAGUUUCCGAAGCCAAGCACAGGACUUUGGCUCUGAAAAUGAGUUUGCUGAUGAUGAAAACAGCAUUUUUGGGGACAACUUGAGUCGGAGGGGCUCUUUGUUUCUCCCCAGGAGUUGUGAUCGCCGCCGCAGCACUAUGAGCCAAAGCAGCUUCUUGUCACAUCGCCUACUUCCACCCAAUGGGAUCAAGCACAGCUCUGUUGACUGCAAUGGGGUUGUGUCUCUGGUGGGUGGGAGUUCACUCCCAUCGUCACCUGUGGGGCUUCUUCUGCCUAAACUGAUGGUAGAUAUGGCCUCCACUGGAGAUAAUGCUGACACCACUGACACAGAGUACAAACAGGCCAUUGGAGGAACACACCAGGAGUGUAUGGACUAUCUCGAUGGCCCAGAGAUCAGACAGAGAGCUCACAGUAUAGCUAGUGUCAUAACCAGCACAAUGGAGGAGCUUGAGGAGUCGAGGCAGAAGUGUCCUACUUGCUGGUACAAUUUUGCCCACACCUUCCUCAUCUGGGAAUGUUGUCCAGCAUGGCUGAAGAUCAAGAAAGUGGUUAACCUAAUUGUGAUGGAUCCAUUUGCAGACUUAGCCAUCACCAUCUGCAUUGUACUUAACACAUUGUUUAUGGCCAUGGAACAUCACCCAAUGACUGACAAUUUUACCAAAAUGCUCUCUGUAGGCAAUGUGGUCUUCACCUGCAUCUUCACGGCUGAAAUGGUCCUCAAGAUCAUUGCUUUGGACCCGUACUAUUACUUUCAGAAGGGAUGGAAUAUUUUUGAUGGAAUCAUUGUCAGUUUAAGCUUGAUAGAGCUUUGUAUGUCAACAGGGGCUGGCAUGACUGUGCUGAGAUCAUUCAGAUUGCUGAGAGUAUUCAAAUUGGCUAAAUCGUGGCCCACUCUUAACACACUGAUCAAAAUAAUUGGUAACUCAGUGGGGGCUUUGGGCAACUUGACGCUGGUGCUGGCCAUCAUCGUGUUCAUCUUUGCUGUGGUGGGCAUGCAACUGUUUGGAAAAAGCUACAAGGACUGUGUGUGUAAAAUCUCUGCUGACUGCACUCUACCCCGUUGGCACAUGAAUGACUUCGUCCAUUCAUUCCUCAUUGUGUUCCGAGUGCUUUGUGGAGAAUGGAUAGAGACCAUGUGGGACUGUAUGGAGGUGGCUGGGAUGGCCAUGUGCAUCAUUGUCUACAUGAUGGUCAUGGUUAUUGGAAACCUUGUGGUGCUGAACCUGUUCCUGGCGCUGCUGCUGAGUUCCUUCAGUGCUGACAACCUGGCAGCGACAGAAGAUGACAGUGACACAAACAAUUUGCAGAUUGCCAUUGGACGGAUUCACAGAGGCAUUGCCUUCGCCAAAUCCAUGCUUAGAAGCAGCUGCAACAGUGCCUGUCUCAGGGAUAAGAAGAAAGGGAAGGGUGAGGACAAAUCUUUGGAUGAGCUCCACAAACCUUUAGGGCCCAAUGGUGUCCCCAACCACACCAUCAAAGACUUUCCAAAGAAUGGGGAUGUGACCGGAGUGGACAAAAAUGGAGACAAAUACAUAGUCAACAGCAGAAGUGAUGAUUCCAUAAUGUCUUUCAUCAACAAUCCUAGUCUGACUGUCACUGUUCCUAUCGCUGUGGGAGAGUCUGACUUUGAAAAUCUCAACACAGAGGACUUCAGUAGUGCCUCGAGACAGGAAAAUACCAAGGAUGAUGGCCAGUUCAGCUCCUCUGAGGGUAGCACAGUGGACGGUCUUCCAGGUGGGGAGGGAGAAGGGUCAGUAGACAUUGAACUGGAAGAAUCUAUGGAACCUGACGCCUGCUUUCCUGAUGGUUGUGUGCAAAAAUUUGAGUGCUGUCAAAUAAAUGUAGAUGUGGGCCGGUGGAAAAUGUGGUGGACACUCAGAAAGACCUGUUACCGGAUAGUGGAGCACAACUGGUUUGAGAGCUUCAUCAUCUUCAUGAUCUUGCUUAGCAGUGGGGCAUUGGCAUUUGAGGACAUCUACAUUGAGAAGAGGAAGACCAUUAAAGUAAUGUUGGAGUUUGCGGACAAAAUCUUCACCUACAUCUUCAUUCUAGAGAUGUUGUUGAAGUGGGUGGCGUAUGGCUUUGCCAAGUACUUCACCAAUGCCUGGUGCUGGCUGGACUUCCUCAUUGUUGAUGUCUCGCUGGUCAGUAUGGGAGCCAAUGCCAUGGGAUAUUCUGAACUCGGUCCCAUAAAGUCUCUGAGAACCCUGCGAGCUUUGAGGCCCCUGAGAGCCCUGUCACGGUUUGAAGGCAUGAGGGUGGUUGUUAAUGCCUUACUGGGAGCCAUUCCUUCCAUCUUCAAUGUGCUGCUGGUGUGUCUCAUCUUCUGGCUCAUCUUCAGCAUCAUGGGAGUCAAUUUAUUUGCGGGGAAGUUCUACGUUUGUGUUAACACAACCACAGAUAAGGCUUUCCUUCCAUCAGAGGUGAAAUACAAAAAUGACUGUUUAAACUUGGUUAAUGAGGCUCGCUGGAAGAACCCCAAAAUCAACUUUGACAAUGUUGCCAUGGGUUACCUUGCACUGCUACAAGUAGCUACAUUCAAGGGCUGGUUGGAAAUCAUGUAUUCUGCUGUGGACUCUCCAAUCAAGCAAGACUUACAACCAGAGUAUGAGAGCAACCUGAAGAUGUACACGUACUUUGUUGUUUUCAUCAUAUUUGGAGCAUUCUUCACACUCAACCUCUUUAUUGGUGUCAUUAUAGACAAUUUCAAUCAGCAAAAGAAAAAGAUAAGAGGUCAAGACAUAUUCAUGACUGAAGAACAGAAGAAAUACUACAAUGCAAUGAAAAAGUUGGGGUCAAAGAAACCACAAAAACCUAUUCCUAGACCAUCAAACAAAAUUCAAGGAUACAUUUUUGACUUCACGACAAAACAAGCAUUCGAUAUUGUCAUAAUGGUUCUAAUAUCCCUUAAUAUGGUAGCCAUGAUGGUGGAAACUGCUGACCAGUCAGACGAAAUGAACAACAUUCUCCAGAACGUUAAUAUAGUAUUCAUUGUCAUCUUCAGCGGAGAGUGUUUGUUGAAGAUGAUCUCGCUUCGCCAUUACUUUUUCACAAAUGGCUGGAAUGUAUUUGAUUUCAUCGUGGUCAUCCUGUCAAUCAUUGGUAUGUUUCUCUCAGAGUUGAUAGAGAAGUAUUUUGUUUCGCCAACCUUGUUCAGAGUCAUCCGACUGGCUCGGAUAGGCCGAGUCCUUCGCCUUAUUAAAAGUGCCAAAGGAAUUCGCACACUCUUGUUUGCCUUGAUGAUGUCACUUCCUGCCUUGUUCAAUAUUGGUCUCUUGCUCUUCUUGGUGAUGUUUAUUUAUGCCAUCUUUGGCAUGUCAAACUUUGCCUACGUCAAGAAGGAAUCAGGCAUUGAUGACCUUUUCAAUUUUGAGACAUUUGGCAACAGCAUGAUCUGUUUGUUCCAGAUCACCACCUCAGCUGGGUGGGAUAGCCUACUAGCUCCCAUUCUCAACAGACAUAAAGAUGAUUGUGACAGUAAAAUGGAGCAUCCUGGCAGUUCUGUUCGGGGAGACUGUGGAAAUCCCCCUGUGGGAAUUGCCUUCUUUGUGAGCUACAUCAUUAUAUGUUUCCUGAUUGUGGUGAAUAUGUACAUUGCAGUUAUCCUGGAAAACUUCAGUGUGGCCACUGAGGAGAGCGCGGACCCACUAAGUGAGGAUGACUUUGAAAGGUUUUAUGAGGUCUGGGAAAGGUUUGAUCCUCAUGCAUCACAGUUCAUGGAGUACAAUAAGCUGUCGGACUUUGCAGAUGCUCUGGACCCACCGUUACGCAUAGCCAAGCCUAACAAGCUUGAACUGAUCUCCAUGGAUCUACCCAUGGUGAGUGGUGAACGCAUUCACUGCCUGGACAUCCUGUUUGCAUUUACAAAACGUGUUCUGGGCGAGGAUGGGGAGAUGGACAUCCUAAGGGGGCAGAUGGAGGAGCGCUUCAUGGCCUCCAAUCCUUCCAAAGUGUCCUACGAACCCAUCACUACCACCCUCCGCCGCAAACAGGAGGACACAUCAGCUGUUGUCAUCCAGAGAGCAUUCAAACAGUAUGCAAGGAAAUGUGCUGCCAGUAAGCCCUCUGUCACAUCCAGUGAUAACAUUCAAAAGGAUGAAACACUCAUUGAUAAAGAGGAUCUUGUCACAGACAAACUCUCUAAAAUUUCUAGCGCUGAUAAGGGUGAACUGACACCUUCAACGGCCCCUCAACCUUCAUGUAACAGUGUGGUAACCAAUGGAAAAAACAAAUAUGAAAAAGACAAAAGUGAAAGGGAGGUUAUGGGCAAAGAUGUUGGGGAGCAAGAUAAAUAAAAGAAUGCUGGGAAUUCAACAAAUACAUUUUAAUUAAUGACCAAAUGUUUACAACUUUUGAAAGUGACUGAGACAUCCAUUGGACUCCCUUCUUUAGUAUGGAUAUCUAUGCCAAACUGACCAUGCUGACGUGAGUCUGAAGGUUGGUGCCUAAGUAGCUUAUGCAGGCAGUAGUGGGACCACUUUGACUGUGUUCAGGAGCAAAGAUGUCUUUUGGCUGUUGGUGGGGAUGGGCAAGUGUUCUGAAAGACACAUUAGUUACUGCUUUAACUUUUAUUGCAGCUAGCUCUGCUAUCCAGUGUCUUGAAUUAUUGUUAUAUCACUGACUGUUGUAUUACUUUAGCUACUUAUUUUUCAA